AUGCGGAGAGGAAGAGGCCGCCCACCUCCCACCCCCACGAGCGAAACCUCGACGGGGGAGGGCGCCUCGCCGCCUCAGAAAGGGCUGUGCCGGCCCCACGAGAGGACGGGCGGGCCCGGGGAGCGCCCAGAGCCGCCAGAGAUAACAACACAUCGCCGGCGCGAAGGGCAGAGGGGAAGCCGGCCUUGGGCCGCCGCUCCCCGCCCCAUCGCGCUUCGCCUCAGCGCUUCUGACGGUCUUUCCCGCGCUUUGUCGCUGAGGGGAGGAAAAAGGGCUCUCUCUUUCUCUCUCCCUCUCCUCAUGGCCGUGGCCAACGGGACAGCCCCGGCAGCAUCUCCGGGCGCCGAGGAAGAAGCUCGCCCGGCUGCUGCGCCUCCUGAGGGGAAGAAGAAGAAGAGGGAAGAGCUGAAGGUGGUGGUCGUGGGCGACGGGGGCUGCGGGAAAACGUCGCUGCUCCUGGUCUACGCGAAGGGCGCUUUCCCGGAGGAAUAUGCUCCUUCAGUAUUUGAGAAAUAUACCUGCAGCAUCACCGUUGGCAAAAAAGAAGUCCUCCUACAUUUGUAUGACACUGCAGGCCAGGAGGAUUAUGAUCGCCUACGACCACUUUCAUACCAGAACACCAGCGUGGUCUUAGUUUGCUAUGAUGUCAUGAAUCCUACUAGCUUUGAUAAUGUAUUAAUUAAGUGGUCUCAUGAGGUGAGCCACUUCUGCCAAGGAAUCCCCGUAGUCCUCGUUGGCUGCAAAACAGAUCUCCGAAAGGACAAGGAACACCUACGGAAGCUCCGCUCAGCCCAGCAGGAGCCAAUCACUUACAGCCAGGGUGAAGAAGCUUGUCGCCAGAUGAAUGCAGACACUUACCUAGAGUGUUCAGCCAAGUACCGUGAAAACAUCGAGGACAUUUUUAGGGAAGCAGCCAGCAUUGCACUGAAUGCUAUGAAAAAAAAGCGGCAGAAGAAACUGAGGCCAUGUGCCCUUUUGUGAUGGCAGCCCACACAACGAAGAGGACCAAGAGAGUGUUUCCAGCUUUCCUUCAGCGAUUAGGAAGGAGACUUUUUUUUUUUGCAUUUUCUAAAUUGACUGUGCUUCUCCUGACUUGGAAGUUGACCUGGAAAAGUGACUUGCUCUCAUACGGCAAUUUCUGCUUGUUCUACCUUCUCUGAAGACUGAACGUACAGCUAAGCUGCAAGGACAGCCAGUCCACUUCCAGAGGCCAGUAGUGAUUUGCCAGUCUUUCAUUUGCACUCCUGGGAAGGGUAGGGACUUACUAGCCACAGCAACUAAGGUAAGGUCUGCAGGACCAGAGCUUUGCCAUGAUUUGUUUGUACAUUAAAAAACAACAACACUUUCUUUAAAAAUGAGAAAUAUCUGUAGUUUUUGAAGAAUCAAGGUGUUCUCACAAGAAACAGCCUGUGCUCCAUUAAGAUUCGUGGCAACAAUGCUAAAGGCACUGGCAUGUGUCCUACACUGCUAGCAACGGGUAAAGCCCUCCUCCAAAUCCAGUAGCUCUUCCUCCACGAACUGGAGGAAGGCUUGAGACUUUUCUGAGCAGAUAUGUGCCACUGUGUUAUUUAAAGAGAUCACUGCCAUUCACGUAUUGAAGAAGAAGAGAUUGGAUUUAUACCCCACCCUUCACUACCCAAAGGAGUCUCAG